ACCGGCCGAGUCGAAGGGGAUCUCCCAUUCUCUCUCGCCUCGCCUCGUCUACUUGGUCGAGCACGGCGGCGACGACGGCCUCCGCCGCGACGAUGGCCGCGCGUGUCCCCCGCCUCCUCGUAGCCCUUUUCGCCGUCGCGGUGGCGUGCGCAGGCGCGGCGGCGGCCUAUCAGCCCGGAUCUGCUGAGGGGUACACGAUCGCGGGCCGCGUCAAGAUCGAUGCUGCAAGUGCAAGUGCAAAGGGCUUUGGUCUUCCAGCCAAGACAUCAAACACAAAAGUGAUACUUAAUGGUGGUCAGAGGGUUACAUUUGCCAGGCCAGAUGGCUACUUUGCAUUCCACAAUGUACCGGCUGGUACUCAUUUAAUUGAGGUCUCCUCGUUGGGCUACUUGUUUUCACCAGUUCGAGUAGACAUCAGUGCCAGGAAUCCUGGGCACAUUCAAGCUGCAUUGACUGAAAACAGAAGAGUUCUAAAUGAGCUUGUGUUUGAACCUCUGAGAGAAGAGCAAUACUACGAGACAAGGGAGCCUUUCUCCAUCAUGUCACUUUUGAAGAGCCCUAUGGGUUUGAUGCUCGGUUUUAUGGUCAUAAUGGUCUUUGUUAUGCCCAAAAUGAUGGAGAACAUAGAUCCCGAGGAGAUAAAGCAAGCUCAAGAACAAAUGAGAAACUCCCCUGUUCCAUCCUUCUCUGGCCUAUUAGCCAGAGCAAACAGUUAGACAUACUACAUGGGGAUACUGCACGGUUUAUGUUUAUGAUGGGAUGAAGAGCAGUAUUGAACCGAGCAACACUUGAAUAGAAUCUUUCCCUAGCAUAAGGAGGAAACUCUUCCCCCAUUUAUCUUGUACUUUAAGAUGUAAUAGGUCGGUAGAACCUUCUGAAAUCUCUAGCUGAAGUAGCAAAACAUUAUUAAAUUAUAGCUCAGAGUGAAGUGUUUUGAGUUUUGGGUGUUUGUACAUUUCACUCCUUGUUGAAUCAUUGACUAUGGCCAUACUCAUACUUGAUGUUGACAUACUAUUUACUCAAUACUAUGUAUUUUUGAUUUAAUAAA